AUGGACCGAUCCAACUUCAAAGACAUCGUCCCGAACAUGGCAGACAAAGAGGAUAUAGGACCGGAUAACUCGGGUGAUGUUAUCGUCGAUGUCACUUUGCACUUGCACUCUCCUCCUCGUCAUCGUCACCAUCGCCGUUGUCAUCAUCAGCGCCACCAGCGUGUCAUUACCAGGGGCAUCCAAACCUUUGAUGAGAAAGAGGUGAACUGGCGCGAGCUAAGCCAGCCGAGACAAAGAAGAUUGAUUUGCCGGGUUGGACUUGGUGCUGAAGGAACUACCUCCUUGAACCUUGGCAAGACUGGGACUGCGACUGCGACGGCGACGGCGGGUUUUAUGUUGGAUGCGGACGAAAAUACCUCUACGUCAACUGCGACCUUGCCUGACGAAGCUACUUCUCUGCACCGCGUUUUCGGCACUGGCACUGACACUGGCACUGGCACUGGCACUGUUACUGACAGUCACGACCAAGCCUCUCAAUCUCCAACUGGCUCCAACCUCCGCAAUCAUUUCGCUGCUCUGGAAAAGAGUGCAGUCGAGGCGAGUAUCCAGGAACGCAUCAAGAGUGUAGAAACCGAACUGGACAGGUUAAGAGCAGAAAAAAAUAAGCUGCUGAAGGAGUUGCAAGAUGAGAUGGUGGAUGAAAGGUGGGAGGAGGGUGUUUUGGCGAUUGAUGACUUGAUUAGAUGA